UACAGGUGGCUGUCAGUGUAUUAUAAAGAAAUGGAGAGAAUCACAUGUAUGUCUCUUCUGCUCACAGCUGUGGUCAGUUCUUCUGCAGGAGCUCCGCGUCAGUAUCACUUUGUGAAUCAGAACCUGAGCUGGACUGAAGCUCAGAGAUACUGCAGAGAGCAUCACACAGAUCUGGUCACUAUCAGUGACAUACAAGAACAGAUUGACAUUGAACAGGCCAUAAAUAGUAGCUCUGACCGUGUCUGGAUUGGGCUGAAGAACACAAAAGUUGGUUUCUGGAGUGACCCUGCCUUCUACACAGAACAUGAGUCUCAGUAUAGGAACUGGGAAUCAACACAACCAGGAGGAGAUGGAGACUGUGUUUACAUGGACUGUGGGAAUGGACAGAAUUGUGAGAAUGAACACAAAGGACAAUGGCAUGAUGUAGACUGUAGUACAGAAAUGUAUUUCAUCUGCUAUAAUGCCAGCAGUAAAGGAUUCGUCUCUGGACAGGAGAAAAAGAACUGGACUGAAGCUCAGAAAUACUGCAGACAGUAUCACACAGAUCUGGCCAGCGUGAGGAAUCAGAGUGAGAAUCAACAGAUUCAGCAGAUCACAACAGUUAAACAAGUCUGGAUCGGUCUGCACAGACUCUGGGUUUGGUCAGAUAACAGCACCUCCACAUUCACACACUGGAAACCUAAUAAUGUUUACACUCGUCAGAACUGCACAUUGAUUGUUAUCAGCGAUGAAGGACAAUGGACAGACGAGGACUGUUCAAAUCAGCGUCCCUUUGUGUGUUAUGAUGAUAAGCUGGUUCUGAUCCGAGAGAAUAAGACGUGGACUGAAGCUCUGAGACACUGCAGAAACAUGGACAUGGACCUGGUGUCGGUGGAUUCGGAGCAGAUGCAGCGGCGGGUGAUGAAUGUGACCUCGAGUGCCUCCUCUGCUCACGUGUGGCUGGGUCUGCGUCACUCCUGCACAGUGGGGAUCUGGUUCUGGGUCAACGGUCAGACCGUGUGCUACGAUCAGUGGGCUUCUGAUUACGACAUCGAUCUGGACAAAUGUGAUGAGACGGUGAGAUCCGGAGCCAUCCAGACCCGUGAUAAUCACUGGAUCAGCCGUCCUGAAACUGAAGAAAUCAACUUCAUCUGCAUCAAGUGAGUGCUGGAGAGUCACUGAGUACAUGUGAUCCAGAUUAUUAAUAUGAAGCACUUGUGAUUAGAUUAUAUAAUAUUUUAAAAUGCCCAUAAUCAGAUGCCUGGUACUUAUUGAUCUUAUUGAUUACAUAUUCACACAAUGGCAUUAAAUUAUUCAUGUGAUCAUAAAAAGUACUCAGAAUACAUUACUAAUAAUCUGUAAUCUAAUAGAUUGUUACUAAAAGUUUUCAUCAUGUAAUUUGUAAUCCUUAAUGGACUAAAAUGAUUUAAGUAACUACCCACUGUGUGUGAGUCAAAUAACAGAUUCAGUCAAGCCGUUUGGACUCAAAUGAUUUAAUUCAGUUCUAUUCAAUUCAUUUCAAUUCAAUUCAAUUCAAUUCCAGUUUAUAUGCUUUUUCACAAUACAUAUUAUUUCAAACCAGCUUCACAGGAAAUGUAUAUUUCAUUGUUAGAAUCAGGAAGUUUUGUGUAAUUGGACUCAAAUGAUCUCCAUUUAAAGUCUUUUCAUGUCUAUUUGAACUUCUAUCAUGUUUUCUCUUAAGUUCAGUUAUAUGAUUCAGUUUCAUGACUCAUGAGGUGAUGGAUACAAAUAUUUACUGUGU